GGGGUGUCUGUGUUUAGCUACUCUCUCCGGGUAGAUUUACCUCUGCCUCCACGCCCCUUUUAAACUUUGUUCUCCCUCCUCCCCCAGCUGGAGGAGAGAGAGGUGCAGGCUGCUUCUCGGCCCAGCCCCUUAUCUCUUAGGAUUCUGGGCUAGAACUGUAAAAACCCUGGAGGAUGAUUAGGACCCAUAACUUCACGCUUUGUUAAUUGCUUAUUUGUCUCCCUUUGCGGGACAGCCAGCUACGCAGCUCGGGUUUUGAUGUGUUUAUAGAUUACCUUUCCCCCAUCUUCCUACUCUUUCCCCCACCCCUUUUUUUGUUUGUUUUGAUACACCUGUGUGUCUUUCUGCAUCUCUCCCAAACCCUGGGGCGGGGGCUGGAGGAAGACCAGCCUCUUCCUCUGACCCCAUCCUGGGGAGAAGAAGGAAGAGGACGGAAGAUAAUGAUCACCAACACCCGGGGAUUCCUGUGGUCGGACUUGGAGACUCGAGCCCUCUUGGGCAUCUGGGGCAAGGCAGAUGUUCAGUCGGCGCUAGAAGGCAACUUUCGGAACGGCCAUGUGUACCGAGAUGUGGCCUGCCGCCUGGGGGAGAUGGGCUUCGACCGUACCCCAGAGCAGUGCCGGAUCCGCAUCAAAGGCUUAAAACGUCAGUACUACCAGGCGAAGGACGGCCUCCAGAAGAACGGGCAUGCGCGCAAGAUCUGCAAGUACUACAAUGAGAUGGACCGCAUCCUGAGCUAUGGGUCUCUUAACUACUCUGGACUGGACCCUUCCGCUGGUGGUGAUGUGCCUGCUUCUGCAGGCAUGAGAGGCGGCUUGGGCUCCUUCCACAGCCGAGGAGCAGUUGACGAGAAGAUGGACCAGUGCAGGCUGGAGUCUCUCCAAGAGAACCCGGUGGGCGAAUGCUCCUCCUUUGCCCAGCGCCCCAUCAAAGUGGAGGAUCUCCCUUUCGCCAUUCCAGUGCCGCCCAGUAGCGGUUUUAAGCACAUCAGUGCAGAGACCAGUCCAGCAGCCCUGCCUCAAUCAAAAAGAUCAAAAAAACACCAUGCCAACAUAACCCUGGACAAAAUGAUGGAGAAGUUCUUGCAACAAAGUAUGGAUACAGAAGAAAAAUUUUAUCGCUACGAGGAGCAGAGGCUUAGAAUUGAGGACAAGCGUCGAGAAACGGAACAUGCCCGAGAGAUACAGAUGUUACAAGUGUUGGGACAGAUGUUAGCUGGAAUUUCAUCCGCCAUGACACAAAGGUCACAGCCCAGACCACCCAGUCCACUUCAGAGAACAAACCAUCCAUCCUAUGGAGAGAACAUUAAUUAUAAUGCUAUGGCAGCAACACUUUCUCCACCCAUAGUUUUAGAGAGAUCAUUUUCACUCUACAAAGCACACUCCGUAAAGGACAUGGAGAAUAUUUUUCAGCUGGUGAGAAACAUUAUACCCCCUCUAACUUCCAAAAAGUAUAAAGGUCAAGAUGGAAGGAUAGGCAUUAUUGGAGGCUGUCAAGAGUACACAGGGGCUCCAUACUUUGCAGCAAUUUCAGCCCUCAAAGUGGGUGCUGAUCUGUCCCAUGUAUUCUGUACUAAAGAUGCAGCUCCUGUGAUUAAGUCAUACAGUCCAGAGCUGAUUGUUCAUCCCGUUCUGGAUAGCCCUAAUGCUGUUCCUGAAGUUGAGAAGUGGUUACCCAGAAUGCAUACCAUCGUCAUAGGACCGGGCCUAGGCAGAGAUGACACACUCCUCGAGAAUGUCAAGGGCAUCGUAGAAAUAUCCAAAGCCAAGGGUAUCCCCAUGGUCAUCGACGCUGACGGCUUGUGGCUCAUGGCUCAGCAGCCUGCCCUCAUUCAAGGUUACCAGAAGGCCAUUCUCACACCCAACUAUAUGGAGUUCAGCAGGCUCUAUGAAGCCACGCUUAAAGCCUCACUGGAUAGCAGUGAUCAUCAUGGAUGUGUGUUGAGACUCAGCCAAGCCUUAGGGAAUCUGACAGUCGUUCAGAAAGGAGAGAAAGAUGUUAUUUCCGAUGGCGAAAAGGUGUUUGUGUGUAGCCAUGAGGGAAGCAGUCGAAGAUGUGGUGGACAAGGAGACCUUCUGUCAGGCUCCCUAGGAGUCUUAGCACACUGGGCGCUUCUUGCUGGACCCGACAAAACAAAUGGUCAGAACCCUUUCCUCGUGGCUGCAUUCGGCGCCUGUUCUCUCACGCGGCAGUGUAACCGCCAGGCCUUUCAGAAGUACGGGCGCUCCAUGACGGCUACCGACAUGAUCGCCGAGGUGGGGACGGCCUUCAGCAAGCUCUUUGAAACCUGAGGCGAGGAGCGCCGCGCUGGUGCCAGCAAUGCCUCCGGCCGCAGCGCCCCCUGCUGGGGAGCCCGGAACGCCCCAUGGCGAAGAGCAGGGACUGAGAUGUAAUGUAGAUAUUUCCGGAGAGUUUGGAAUCCAGGAAGCGCUGGAAUAAGAUGUAGUUGUAGAUGUUAUAAUAAAACCAAGCUGAAAGUUC